AUGAGUCGGACUAGUAGUUUCUAUUCGGCUAACGAAAUUCUAACAUCUGACGAUGAUAUCGUCGAAAAUAAUCUGACAUCAAUGACUUCAAUAGACGCAUCUAAUAGUAGUACUGGUGAUAUUUCUACUAAUCAAACUACAGAUGAUCAUGGAUGGGCAAAUUUUGGUACAUUUGAAAAUAAUGUUAAUAUAGGAUCCAACGAUGAAUGGGCAGAUUUCAAAACAAGUGCAAUGCCGUCUACUGAUCAAUCUAUAGACAUACCGAGCAAUAGAAUCAAUACAGAUGAUGAUGAUGUUUUUGCUGAUUAUGGUGAAGUAAAAGAAUCUCCAAAAUAUCAAACAUCUUCUUUUUCAUUAAAUUUUUUAAAUAUGGAAGAAAUUGAAUCUCUAAUAUCAACUUGUUUUCCAUUAGAAUCUUCAAUAUUAUGUACAGAUAAUACUAGUUUUAUUCCGUUUGAAUUACCCAAUUUUAAAACAUGUAAUGAUCAAAUAAAACAAACAUCAUGUUUUCAACCUAGUUUAAAUUUAUGGAAUGUAUUAUCAAAUGUAUCAAAUGAUCCAUUGGGAAUUAAAUAUCAAUGGCGUAAAUCAAAUAUAGAACAGUUUUUUCAUCAAGGAUUAGAUGUUCGCGAACGAUUUCCUAUUAAAACUAAUUUAUCAACUCCAGAAAUUUCCUCCUCCAAUGCUCAAACCACAAGCUCAAAUGAACCUACAUUAUCGUCGCAACCUAUAACUCCACAAUUCGAUUGGAAAAAAAGUGGUUUAGAAAACCCACUUACUGUUUAUGAUAUAAACAAAACCCUCGAUCUUGAUUAUUAUAUCCCACCAAUACAAACAUCACCAUCAUCAUCUUCAACAGUAGUCUAUCGAAAUGAUAGUCCUAUUCUUCAUCGACAGUCAACAUCAAUUAAAACAGUAGAUUUAUUUCCUGGCUCAACAACAGUAUUAAAUGAUGAUACAAAACCUGUUAUGGAUACAUUACCAAAUUUUAGUUUUAUGAAUCCAAAAGCAUUAAUGUUUUGA